AUGGAGGAGCCUCCUGCAAGCCCCGAGCAGGAGUUGAGGGACUGCGGCGCUGCAGACACCAGCAGCUCCGCAUUCUCCUGCGGGGCCAGAAGCUCCUCCGUGCGGUCUGGCAGCCCUGUCUUUCAAGGCUCCUUCUUUGGAGAUACCUCCAGUGCCCAGGCUCUGCACAACCGCCAUUUCCGGAGCCUGGACACCAUCCUCAGGGGCUGCCUAACAGAGACCCCCACCGUGGAGAAGCUGCAGCACCUCCUGGAGCACAUCCAUCGCUCUCUCCUGGCAAAAAACACCCAGGAGAGAGCCAGGGCCGUCCAGACCAGCGCGGCCCUGCUCCAGUUUGCUACCUCCCUGCCUGGAUUUGACACCUCCUCCACCUUCUCCAAGGCAGGUGAAUUUGUGCUGCAGCUGGGUCUCUGUGCAUACCACCCAGCCAGUGACAUCAGUCGGCAUGCCAAGGGUGGGAUCAAUUGGCUGCACAAGCUCCUGCUCCAGAAGAGGGGGCUCAAGACCAGGAAGGCAGCAGACCUGUGGUGCCAGGACGGGCUCCAUGACCCCAAGUGCCUGGGAUAUAGAAAUCUGGCCAGGGUGGGAGAGGUCUUCGGAGAAAUAUUCACCGAAGACCAGAAGAGGAGUUUCCUCCAGGCGGGCCUGCUGGCCAUCCACCACCCCCACAACCGCAUCAGCCAUGCUGGCCUGGUGCUGAUGUAUUCCAUCGUGGGGGAAGCCGGCCAGCUGCUAGAGGACGAGGGGGAAAUUACAAACAAAAUCAUGGGACAGCUAUUUAAUAUCAGGCUCAUGGGCAAGCUGCCCGACGCCCUGAAGGAGCUGUGCUCCGUGGGGCAGGAUUGAAGGCCCCCGCCCCCUCGCAUGACCAGCUCGGACCCCCUGCCGCAGCCUUGCUCCAGGCCCUCCACCCACCCGCUGCACAGCAUUGCCUCCUCCUCCUCCUGAUCUUCCCCAACACCUUCAGUUUCAACUACAUGGCUUCGACCUCUGCAUGGAUAUGGACAUUGGUUCAUACUUCUGCCC